UCCUUCAACAGGCUUUGCAGUCAAGACAACACAAGGUCGUCGCAGCAGCAGCAGCAGCAGUAGUCCGCCGCAGACAUGAUGUCCCUCGCUGCCCGCUCAGGGGCUUUCUCCCCGUACAUGCAGGCCACAGCUGUCGCGGUCGCGGGUCCCCUGAAGGCUCUGGUACCCGGUGCUGUUGUAAAGACGGACAAGGUUUUGUUGAACCCGAAAAAACAGUUCCUGUGCCGCGAAUCGCUCAGCGGUCAAAGCCCGAAGACGGGGCCUGCUGUGACGGUUAGCAUCAACGGCUGUGCAGGAGUCCGCUUUGCCCACACAGACGUCAGGGUACCGGACUUCUCUGACUACAGGCGCCCAGAGGUGCUUAACCCCAGCAAGUCCUCCCAGGAGAGCAGUGAAUCCAGAAGAACCUUCUCGUACCUGGUCACCGGCGCCUCAACCGUGGUGGGCAUCUAUGCCGCCAAGACGGUGGUCACUCAGUUUGUUUCUUCCAUGAGCGCCUCAGCCGACGUCCUGGCCCUUUCAAAGAUUGAAAUCAAGCUGAGCGACAUCCCCGAAGGCAAGAACAUGACCUUCAAGUGGAGAGGCAAACCGCUGUUCGUCCGUCACCGCACAGAGAAGGAGAUCGCCACAGAAGCUGGCGUGAACAUGGCAGAGCUGCGCGACCCUCAGCACGACAAAGACAGGGUACUCAACCCCAGCUGGAUCAUCGUCCUAGGGGUGUGCACACAUCUGGGCUGCGUGCCCAUCGCUAACGCUGGCGAAUUCGGAGGUUACUAUUGCCCCUGCCACGGCUCGCACUACGACGCUUCAGGCCGUAUCCGGAAAGGCCCCGCCCCCCUCAACCUGGAGGUCCCCUUCUAUGAGUUUCCAGACGACGACACUGUGAUCGUUGGAUAGAUACUCCUAACACUCAGACUGAGCUCUCAUUGUGCAACAUGAUAAACAUCUGCUCAGUAUAGAGAUGCUUUAGAGGUGGAAUAAUGCUGUUCACAUCAGUAACAGCUGGUACAAGUGGAAAUGUUUUGUUCUCAGCAGUCUUUCAAUCAGCGUCACAAUUUUCCCAAACAUGACAGAUGUUGUUAAUGUAGUCACUUUACACACUGACAGCAAGCUGUUUUUAAAUGCAGAAUAUUUAGAAUAUGGUGUCAGAGCUGAAUGGGUGAACACUUGGAAGAUAGCAUCCUCUCUUCCUUUCUCGGCCCUGAGUGACAUUUGAACGUGAAAUAGAAACACCUGCUAAUCGUAUGAAGUUUCAGUCCAUCUAAAUGGAACAAAUGUGUCGCAGUCUGGUAAAUAAAGAAUUUAAUUUUAUUUGACAACCUGGA